UUAGCCAGGCCACAAGGUGACACGGGCUGGCUGUGCAAGGCUGGCCAUGGGCUGUGGGAGUGCUCAAGUGCGCAGGGUGGCUGGCGGCCCAGGCUUGGAAUGGACAGCCUUCAGGACACAGUCCCCCCAGACCAAGGGGGCUGCUGCCCUGCCCUCCGUAGGCUGGUCCCUGUCGGCUUUGGAGCGGAGGCAUGGAAGCUUUUUGUCCUUUCAGGACCCCUGUUCCUGUUCCAGGUGCUGACCUUCAUGAACUAUAUCGUGAGCUCUGUGUUUUGUGGGCACCUGGGCAAGGUGGAGCUGUCAUCGGCAACCCUCUUUGUGGCUUUUGUCAAUGUCUGCGGAAUUUCCAUAGGACUUGGCUUGUCCUCGGCAUGUGACACCUUGAUGUCUCAGGCCCGGGCUGUUUUGCAGAGCUUCGGCAGCCCCAACAAGAAGCACGUGGGGGUCCUCCUGCAGAGGGGCACGCUGGUCCUACUUCUCUGCUGCUUGCCCUGCUGGGCACUCUUCCUCAACACCGAGCAGAUCCUGCUGCUCUUCAGGCAGGACCCGACUGUGGCCAGGCUAACCCAAGAGUACGUGCUGAUUUUCAUCCCCGCACUUCCGGUGGUUUUUCUCUACAAUCUGCUGGCAAAAUAUUUGCAAAAUCAGGGAAUCAUCUGGCCCCAAGUCCUCAGUGGUGUUUUGGGCAACUGCGUCAAUGCCUUGGCCAAUUAUAUCCUGGUCUUUGUGCUGAGCCUGGGGAUCAGGGGCUCUGCCUACGCCAUGGCCACCUCCCAGUUCAUGCAGACCAUCGUCCUCUUUCUCUACAUUGUCCUGAAGAAGCUGCACCUGGAAACGUGGGCAGGUGCAAAGGGCCACCCUGCCUUUAGGGGCUGCACAGGCUGGUCCAGUCAGUGCCUGCAGGACUGGGGCCCCUUCUUCUCUCUGGCCAUCCCCAGCAUGCUCAUGAUAUGCAUCGAGUGGUGGGCCUAUGAAGUCGGGAGCUUCCUCAUAGGCCUGCUCAGUGUGCUGGAACUCUCCGCCCAGGCCAUCAUCUAUGAGUUGGCCACCUUAAUCUACAUGAUACCCCUGGGGCUCAGCAAUGGGGUCUGUGUCCGAGUAGGAACGGCUCUGGGGGCUGCAGAUACUGUGCAAGCUAAGCAGUCGGCUAUCUCCGGCGUACUCUGUACAGUUGGCACUUCCAUGGUUGUGGCCGCCCUGUUGAGCAUCCUGAAAAAUAACCUGGGGCAUAUUUUCACCAAUGAUGAAGAAGUCAUCACGCUGGCGAACGAGGUCUUGCCGAUUUACAUCACCUUUCAGCUAUUUGAGGCCCUCAGUUGUGUCUACGGCGGAGUCCUGAGAGGAACUGGCAAGCAGGCUUUCGGAGCCACAGUGAACGCUGCCGUAUACUACCUCAUUGGCCUCCCGCUGGGUGCCGUGCUGAUCUUUGUGGUCAGGAUGAGAAUCAUGGGCCUCUGGCUGGGCAUGCUGGCCUCUACUCUGCUGGUGACCCUUGCCUUUACUGCCUAUACUGCCCGGAUAAACUGGGAACUGGCUGCUGAGCAGGCUCAGAAACACGCAGGGAUGCAGCAGCAGAGCGAGAGCUCGGUGGGCACCACGAGCGCAGCUGCCAGGCCCGGGCCUGAGAAAGCUGUUGUAUCUUCAGUGGCUACAGGAGGCUCCCCUGACAUCACCCUGACAACAUACUCAAGGCCCGGAGGCCCUAUGGACCUCCUCAGGACUCCAGAAGCAAUCCACGCCCAUUCAGCUCCUGCCAGCAGGCUGUCAGUGAAACAGCUGGCCAUCCGCCGGGGGAUUGCGCUGGGAGCAGCAUCAGCCACACUGAUCAUGGGGUUCAUCAUCAGGGUCCUGACCACUAGGCACUAG